AUGCCACCGUGGACGUGGAUCAAGCUUCCGUGGUUCUUUGCCAAAGAGAUGCCGCCGAGAGGGCCGCUCAAGCUGUGGCUGCAGCACGCCGAGUGCAGCACUCCGGCCACGGGGGCGGAGGUCGAGGUCGUCUCCCCGGGAAAGAUCUUCAUGACCCGUGGAUGGGGUGAGGUCGCCCGCGCUUGCCGCGCGGAGGGGGCCCUCCCCAUUCACUUUGAGUAUGACGGCGCUUCCAUGCUGGUCUUCACGGUCUUCGACGAGGAGGGCCGCCGCUUGGAGUGCUGCCCUAGAGGGGACCACCAGGAUGGUGCGGCAGCAGGCGCUGAGCCCGCCCUCGGUCCUGCCGACAGCUCCUCCAGCAGCAGCGACUGA